UGGACACGCCGAUUGACUUCCAACUACCUUUCGCUGGUGGUGGUGGUGGUUGGGGAGGAAUUGCCCCCGUGCUUUGCUCCUCCUCCCAUGGAGACCCCGCCCCCCGACCCCGUCUCGCCUCCGCCGCCCGCCGCCGACGAGGGCUCGCCGGGAGGCGACGACGGGGCGGAGGACGCGGGGGGGUUCAGCGCCGGGCUGGAUUCGCUGUGGACGGCCCUGUUCGGCUCCCCGGAGGAGCUGGAGCCCAUGUGGUCCCCGCCGAGGGGGUUCGGCGUGGGGGCCGAGUUCGCCGCGGCGGAGGUGGAGCCCGAGAUCAUGGACGUCGCGGGGGGCCCAUGGGACGGCGCGCCCUGGAGGUCCUCCGGGGUCGUCGCCGGCGAGGGCGCGGCCACCGCGCUCGUUCCCCCCACGGCCGCCGCGGGGUUCGCGGAGUUCGAGCCCGCGGCGCCGAUCGAUUCGUAUCCGGCGGGGGCGGCGGCGGCUUCGUUGGGCGACGUUCCUGAGGUGAGUGCGCUCGAUUCCGGCGUUGAUUGUUCGCCUGACCCGCCGCCAUCGUCGUCUCCUCCGGUGGAUUUUGAUGCGCGGGGGUUUGACCCCGUCGCCGACUCCGCCCCGGCGAUGGAGUCUCCACUACCGCCGUCUGUCGCUUCCUCGGAAGCCAAUUUAGACGGGAGAAUGCUCGAUUGUACGCUCAACUCCGUGCCAUCGCCACCUCUUGCUUCCCCAUAUGAGGUCGGUUUGGGGGCUGAGGAUCCUAUCAAGGAUUCUUCCCCUUCGGUUGCUUGGGGAACAACCAUGGAUGCGAAGGAUCCCGAGGUGGAUGCUACUUGUGCAAAUGGUACAGCUCUGCGGAGAUCACGGAGGAUCAUGAAAAUCAAGUCAGCGGCGAGCUCCAUGCCUUUGAAUCAGAAUGGAGACUCAUCUAGAGCUUCCAAGCGACGAGUUGCGGAUUCAAGGAAGAGUAGAAGCAGUGAAGGGAGCAAACUCCCUGCGUUCACAGGGCCAAUUUCAGUAAACACAGUUGAUUUGAUUAACGGGGUGAAGGUUCAAGGAUUGCAAGAAAUUGUUGCCGUGGAAAACGUAAGUUCCUCUUACGACAAUAAUCAGAAAGCAGGUGGUCUCUACAAUCAGGUUGUGGUGGCUUUACCAGCAGCGAGUAAUAGUUUGUUGAAAGACAAAGGAGCUUCUGUUCUUCCUCGAAGGAAGACUAGGUUAGCCUCAAAGGUAUUGGUGAAUUCAGACAGGGUGUCAGCUAUAUCACCAGUGGUAAAUGGUGGACCUCCUGUGCAGAAAUCAGAUGUUUGUAUACCUACUAAAAAGCAUAAGCUUGCUGUUGAAGAGUGCUUGACAAGUCUGGAUGGAGUGGAUGGUGGUGGUAUUGUGUUGUGCAACUCAAAGUUGAAAAGUGCAAAAUCACGAGUGGUCAGCAAGACGCCUCAAGGGAGAGGAAGAAGAUCCCCUCAACCUCCAAAGACACAGAGGGCCAGGACGUUGUCGGUUAAAUACUUGGAAAAAUUAAAGAGGGCAGAAAACAAUAAUAAUAAUGGCUCAAUGUCCAAAUCACCAAGAGUUCCAAUGAUACCAGAAAAUAAUGGCUCAAUGUCCAAAUCACCAAGAGUUCCAAUAAUACCAGAACUGAGCACUAAGCACGAACUUGUUUUGGACAAGCACAUGGUUGAUUCAGUGAUGUUGGAAACGGACGAUGGUUCCUGUUUCUUUGUGGGGGAUGCAGUUCCUGAUGAUGAGGCUAGGAAGCAGUGGCCUCACCGUUACGAAAUAAAUGAUCAAAUCAUGAAAAAGGAUAAGAGGACCAGCAGCCAAACAUUUGCCAAUGCUGGCAAAGCUGUCUUGGAUGUCAAAUGUCAUUAUCUACAAGCCAAAGUCUCCAGAUACACAUUUUGCAUUGGAGAAUGCGCAUUUGUAAAGGGUCCAGAGGGAAAACCAAAUUAUAUUGGCAGGUUGCUAGAGUUCUUCGAAACAAAAACUGGUGAAUGUUACUUCAGAGUGCAAUGGUUUUUCACAGCUGAAGACACGGUCAUAGGAGAGCAAGCACAAUCACAUGACCCGAGGAGGCUCUUUUACUCAGACCUGACAGAUGACAAUUUACUGGACUGCAUUGUCUCGAAAGUGACAAUCGUGCAAGUUCCUCCUAGUGUAGAUGGAAAAUCAAAGUCAGUUCCUUCGUCCGACUAUUACUAUGACAUGAAAUACUCUAUCGACUAUAGUACAUUCUCUACCAUAGAAAUGGAAGACACAGAUGAUUUAAUGCAGUCAUGUUACACUAGUAGAAUCAAUGACAAAAUGAAGAAGAUAGAUGUCAAUAAGAAGCACAAGUCUCCUGUGCUAGAGAAGAUGGAGCUCUCUUUGCUAGACCUGUAUUGUGGUUGUGGAGGAAUGUCAACUGGACUAUGCCUUGGUGCUCGUGGUGGUGGUGUGAAUCUUUCAGCGAGAUGGGCCAUUGAUGAUGAUGAAAUUGCAUGUGAAAGCUUCAGGAACAAUCAUCCAGAAACACGGGUUCGGAAUGAAACCACGGAUGAUUUCCUUGAACUGUUAAAAGAAUGGGAGAAAUUAUGCAAAACAUAUGUGAAACAUAGUAGGACUAAGGCAUGUGUUGACAGUACAACAGAAUCCAAUAAUGAAACUCCAGAUUGUUCUACCGUCCCACCUGAGGAGUUUGAAGUAUGGAAGCUAGUUGACAUUUGCUUUGGUGAUCCAAAUAAAGUCAGCAAACACGGCUUGUAUUUUAAGGUCCGUUGGAAGGGUUAUGGCCCUCAUCAUGACACAUGGGAGCCAGUUGAAGGAUUAAGGAACUGCAAAGAGGCAAUUAGGGAUUUUGUUAUUGAAGGCCACAGGCAAAGAAUACUACCACGCCCUGGUGAUGUGGACGUUGUAUGUGGGGGUCCACCAUGCCAAGGAAUUAGUGGCUACAACCGCAAUAGAGAAUUCGAGGCACCAUUUAAAUGUGAGAAAAACAAGCAGAUCAUAGUUUUUAUGGAUGUUGUGCAAUUUUUGAAGCCCAAAUAUGUGUACAUGGAAAACGUCCUUGAUAUAUUGAAAUUUGCUGAUGCAACACUUGCAAGAUAUGCUUUAAGUCGGCUAGUUGCAAUGCAUUAUCAAGCAAGGCUAGGGAUCAUGGCUGCUGGAUGUUAUGGCCUUCCACAAUUUCGGAUGCGUGUAUUUUUAUUAGGCUGUCAUUCUAAGGAGAAAUUACCCCCUUUUCCACUGCCUACGCAUGAGGCGAUUGUGAAGAAUGGCUGCCCGUUGGCUUUUGAGCGUAAUUUGGUUGGUUGGCCCAAUGACACACCAAUGCAACUAGCAAGACCAAUUGUCCUUGAAGACAUUCUUUCUGAUCUCCCAGAAGUGGCAAAUGGGGAAAGCCGUGAUGAAAUGCUGUAUGUAAAGGGUCCUCAAACUGAAUUCCAAAGAUACAUUCGGUCAUUUAAUGUUGAAGUGCAUGGUCCCAGAGCUCAUGUUACAAAAGAUUCCAAAUCCUCAAAAUUGUAUGAUCAUCGACCAUUGGUACUGGAUAAUGAUAACUACCAAAGGAUAUUGCAAAUUCCCAAGAGAAAGGGAGCUAAUUUUAGAGACCUUUCAGGAGUCAUAGUUGGUCCUGACAAUGUGGCUAGAUUAGAUCCAACGAAAGAAAGAGUACUUUUGCCAUCUGGUCGUCCUCUGGUGCUUGAUUGCAUACUAGCUUAUGAGAAUGGUAAAUCUUUAAGACCUUUUGGUCGAGUAUGGUGGGAUGAGGUAGUGGGAACCGUGCUGACAGUUCCAAAUGCCCGUAUGCAGGCCUUGAUACAUCCUGCACAAGACAGACUGCUUACUAUUCGUGAAAGUGCUCGGUUGCAAGGCUUUCCUGACAAUUACAGGUUUCGUGGAACAGUCAAAGACAGGUAUCGCCAGAUUGGAAAUGCGGUGGCCGUACCUGUUGGACGAGCACUUGGAUACGCCCUGGCGAUGGCCUACCUGAAGAAGUCUGGAGACGAUCCCCUUAUGUUGCUGCCGCCCAACUUUGCAUUCUCCCAUGACUUAAGAGGGUUUGCCUAGUCAAACACCCUUGUCAGAAGGCACAAAUUUGAGUUCCUUCCCUCGUUGGUUUGAUUGAAAUUCACCAUCUACAUUAAUGCUCUGCUACAAAAGCUGCUCCUCUUCUUGUUGCCACCCUUUCUCGUGAAUAGUGAAUAGCAUUAGGAGUUAGGACAUGCCAUUUAUCUGUUGGGAUCAGAUCAAGGAAUCUGGGUUCCCCAAUCUGAUGAUCAGCUGUUUGUUGUAGCAAAAUCAUUCCUUGAUUUACAGUAGUUGUGACAUCCACCACACUAGUUAAUUAGAAGGAUUCCAUAGGGCAAGUGUAGUGACUCAUAUCGGGAGCCUAUGUUGUAGUGUAAAAGAAUGUAUGUACAAGUUAGAUGAUUAGGAAAAUAAAAUGUAUGGACAUCAUCUUACCUGUUGUUGUGUUAGCCAGCGAUGAACACAAAUGUAACGACUUCAAUAAAUCUACAUUGAGCUGCAGAUUUCCAAUGGAACAAAAUUAAUCUAUUGCGUGAUAGAUUAUUCCA